AUGAAUCUUACUGAUAUAUUUGGUAUUUAUGUUGGUUUAUUAGGUAUUUCUCUUUGUUUUUUACCAUUAAUAACUAUAAAAGAAUGGUAUAAAAAAAAAUCUUCAGAUGGAUUUCCUUCAAUUGGUUAUAUUACGUCAACAUAUAUUAAUGCUGUUUGGUUAAAAUAUGGAUUAAUGAGUCAAAUUGAUAAUCAAAAUACAUUUUUAGUUAUUAUGUUAAUUUUAAAUGGAAUAUAUACUUUAAUUUAUUUAUUUUAUUCAUCAAAUAAGGUAACAUUUAUUGGAAAAAAUAUUGUAAUGUUAAUUUGUACAUAUCUUGUUUUACAUUAUACCGAUUCAUUGAUAUUCGAAGAAGGAACUGUAUUUAUCGGUAGAAUGGCUUCAUUUUCAAAUUCAUUAAGAUUUGUUCCAGCAAUUGCUGAUGUGUAUAAUGUUUUUAAGAUUAAAACAACUGAAUAUAUACCAUUUCAACAAACAUGUGCAUUUGCUUUUAUACUUUCACAAUUCUUUAUUCAUUCAUUUAUGACAGGCAAUUAUUAUAAAAUGUAUACACAAAUUGUUGGAUUAGCAACUAUUGGAUUAUAUUUUACACUUUAUUAUAUUUAUCCUCCAAAAACAUGGGAAGUACCAAUUUUUAGAAAGAAAUCAACAAAAAAUGAUAAUGAAAUUAAAAUUAAGAAAAAAAAGAAUUGA